GUUUCAAACGUUUACAAAGCGUGAUUCAGAGUCCAGACAGACGAGACAGACACUGAAACAAUUUGGGGAUAACUUGCUACCGUGGGCAUAUAAAGUUGAGUUUAGCAACUUCACAGUUGAAGGCAAAAUGAGAUGAUGAAUGGGCGAAGUGAAUCGAGACGCAGGUCCAUUGCAAAAUCAUCACUGAUUGAAAUCGAACCCCCUCAGAAACUGUUUCCCUCGAAACACGAGUUUCCCAAACUCCUCGCCGUCAUCGCCGUCGCAUCGGCAGUUGCUUGGACCUGCAACCUCCUCUUCACCAAUCCACCGGCGAAACCCUUCUGCGACACCAACCUCCACUCUUCUGAUUACUUUCCCGAUACUUGUGAACCUUGUCCCAGCAAUGGAGAAUGCAAUUAUGGCAAGUUGCAAUGUCUUCAGGGUUACCAGAGGAAUGGGGACUUGUGUGUAGAAGAUGGAGAUAUUAAUGAAUCAGCUCGUAAAAUUGUGGAGAGAGUGGAAAAUCACCUCUGUGCAGAACAUGCUCAAUAUUUGUGCUAUGGAACUGGAUCAAUUUGGGUUCUUGGGGAUGAUUUGUGGAAUCAUUUUGAGCAAAUAGGAAAUGUCGAAGUGGACAAUGCAGUUUAUAAUUAUACAAAACAAAGAGCAGUUGAUACAAUGGUUAAAGUAUUGGAAAUGAGGUUAAACUCUCAUGGGAUGAAGGAGUUUAAGUGUCCCAAUUUGCUGGCAGAGCAAUACAAGCCAUAUGCUUGCCGUUUCCGUCAGUGGAUCUCACAGCAUAUUCUAGUUGUUGUACCCAGUUGUGCCAUGCUUGUUGGAUGUAUAGCUUUGCUCUUGAAUGUCCGUCGGAAGUUACGUACGUCAAGACGAGUAGAGGAGCUUUACAACAAGGUCUGUGAAAUACUUGAAGAUAAUGCUUUGACAUCAAAGAGCGUAAAUGGUGAAUGUGAACCCUGGGUAGUUGCAUCUAGGUUACGGGAUCACUUGCUUUUGCCAAGAGAGAGGAGGGACUCUUUAUUAUGGAAAAAGGUAGAAGACUUGGUUCAAGAAGAUUCUCGAGUAGAUCGCUAUCCGAAGUUGGUGAAGGGUGAAUCCAAAGUGGUAUGGGAAUGGCAAGUUGAAGGCUCUUUGAGCGCCUCAAAGAUAAUGACAAAAAGAGAUGGUAGCAAAACGAUGGUCGUCGAAAACAUGGACUCUAAUCAUCUACAACGCCCUACAAUAAAAGCAGAGCCCAUGGAACCGCUUUUUUGAUACGGAGACUUCAACUAUGAUUGCCUAAACUCAUGUCUCAGCUGAAGCAUAGUAUUACCUUGUUUGUACUAUAAGAAGGUUGGGUAAGAUAUCAUGACAUUUUGUUUAUGUUUACAGCUGCAAGGGAGCAAUCGUGACCUGCAUUUAAUCGAACAUUUGUUCACCGAAAAAAGUGUUGAUUCAUGGGACCUGCAUACUUAUAUUAUGAAAUAUACUUACAACUUAGAAAGAAGAUUCAAGUCCUUGAAACUACCUACCUCCGUUGGUCUUGAUUGACAGUUAUGUGGUGCUAACUAAAUUCAAUUGAGCAUUUCUCUUCUGAAAGACAAAAUGCAAUGUACACUCCAUUACUCCAACAGACAAAGACCGGCAUGGUAUGAUAUGUAGAAAAGUUUAGUCAAGAAAAACAUGGAUGCAAGUUCGAAUGCUGAAUGCAAUUAAAUUUGGGCUAUAAUAUUUGCGGAUUUGGCUUAUUAUAUUAUGAUUUCUGUUCUGCCCGCGUUAAUUUUUAUAUGAAUACAAUCAUAUUAUAUAUAAAAAAUAACUCUCGUUUUAUAUUUA